AAGACCAUUGCGAUUUAACACGUGUUUCGAUUCAGUGUUUUGAUUAUCACCAUUCCUACAAUAUAAAACCCUUGCUUCCAUCCGCAGAUCUUGCAUUUGUUUUGAUUCCAAGAAGAGAAGAUGCAGUCGGCAAGAAUUCUGAUCAUUUUAGGCCUCCUUGUUCCUCAGUGCGCAUUGGGCGCCCCAACCCAACAAACAAUGCAAUUCCUCGAGGCCAUGGGCAGCAAGUACAAAAACCCAACAGUUUACGCAGUUCGCUUAGACUCAGAUGUCAGCUUAGACUGCGAUACGAACGAGCGCUCAGUUGUGGUCACCCUGUGGCACAGGAUGAGACCUUCUGAUACCUUUAGGCAGGUUCCUGAACAGGAAGGAAAAGUGAACAAGAAAAAGCCUGGGAAAUUCACCGUGCUCAAAGUCACUCUUGAAGACAUAGGGUUCUAUCAGUGUAGAGCUCUGAGUGAUAGCAAACAAGAAAUCACCAGGGAUUUUGUUGUUAUCAUUUCUGCUUCCCCAAGUCUGGUAAUGUCCCCAGAGGUCCUCCUGGAACGCAAAGUGUCAGGCAGUAAUGUUAGGAUAUCAUGCGAAACUACUGCCAAUCAGCGCAUUAAGUGGUUCUAUUACCCAACCAAUGAAGACCCGUCACAGAAGCAGAUGAUUCAGCACUCUAACAAAUACCAUGUGUCUAGCAUCACAGAAAGUGCUGGUUUUGGAUCCAUUAAUGUCACAAUAACCAAAAGCACUCUCACCAUUGUCAACGCCCAGGUUUCUGAGAGCGGUCAUUACGAAUGCCGUCUAGGAAAACCGUUUGAAUAUCUGUACAGGAAUAACCAUCUAGUUGUAACAGACCCCACGCCACCACAGUGCUGAAUAACGUAUGCGCAUGCGCGUUCUCUGGCGAAAACAAGCACAAUCGUAGUGUUGAAUCGUUCGAGAAAAGCACUGGCGUACCAGCUCAGAAACCAUCACGGCCACGCCCAAUACCCCAGUCUUCCUCGGAUGUAAGCCAAAUGGUUACCCUAAACCCACGAUUGAGUGGAAAUAUUUCCCGCGGAUGAAAAAGGGUGUAUCUAUUAAACCGUGCACCCGUAUCCACGUGGAAAGAUGCACUGAUGAGGACUUCAUCCAAGCUACAGAUGGUAUCAUAGUAGAGCGACCCGACGUCGACUAUCACAGUGGAAUGUUCCUCUGCAUCUCCAACAAUCCCUUCGGUACAGCACGAAAAUACUUCGUAGUCAACGUACCACAUGCCCCAGAGAUAGACAGAACAAACACUCCGAAAGUCAUCCUGCGAAAGCCCGGUCCAUCUACAUUUACUGUGUACUUUCAGCACCUCGGUUACCCUGAACCAAGGAUUCGAUGGGAAAUGCAACCCUCUUGGUUUUAUGGAAGUCCUGCGAACCCAUCUAUGUGGCGUCCUUUUGAGUCGUACGACAAGGCCGUCAGGCCAGAAGUACUCAAGAAACCCACAGAGGGAAGCUUAUCAACUGUUGUGCGGAUACCCUUCACCCUCAAUAUCGGGGCGUGGUUUAAGGUCACGGCGUCUAACGAUGAGGGCUCUGACAGCUUAGAGGUUCUCUUUAUUGGUCAGUAACUGAACUGAACAAUACAGCGAGUGUAGGGACAUACCAAGUGCUUUUACAAGUGUAGCACGGUCAAGUGAACAUAUCAAAUGCUCUGACAUGUGUUCUACAUACAAAAUCUUAGCCUCAGGUCAUGCACAAACCCAGGAUUUGUUUAAGUGUGAGGUACUCAGGUAUAAAUAAGAAAAGAAAAAGACUUGUUGGCGGAAGUACGCAUGCGCCCUGUGACCAGCCUUACAAGCACAGCU